AUGACAGAGCUUGGUAAAAAUGUUGGAUUUUCUGGCCAAUGUUUUCCAGUGCGAAGUUUGACACGAAAUAAUGCGUUAGAAAGUGGCUACGCUGGUAGGUGCAACUCAAGUACUGAACUGUGCAAGAAGUUUAUAGGCUAAUAGUGAUUUUUAUAAUUAUCUACUGUUCUUCUUGAGUUCUGCUUAAUUUUAAUUCAGCUUUUAGUGCGAUAGACUUCUGCCAGUAAAUGGCCAGAUUAGCUACAUGAAGUUAUGAUGAAAUUGAUCAGAAAUUCAUGUGACAUUUUCAAACUAAUUAAUGUUUUACUGGAAUACUGGGAAAUUUUACACUUUACCACAGUGUAGAUACAUAUACAGAGUUGUAACUAGUGUACCCACUUUUUUGUGCGUGUGCUCGGCAAGUUACUAGAUGCAUGCAUCUGAUUGGAUGAUGGCUCACUUUAAAACUUGCCAAGCAAGUUGAUCAUUUUUUGCCUGGUCGCCUGAAAAAAAGUGGGUACAUGAAAACGUAAGCUAGCUUCCAUAGUGUUUACAAUGGUCAGUUACAGCCAUUGAACUAUAAAUAAACUGGAAGGCUAACUCGGGGGGGGGAAUUGAAGCCAGUGCAUUUUAGUUUUUCUGAGUUAUGAGCAGAAAUACUCAACACUGAACGUUGGGCUAUUAUCAAAUUGAAGCUAUUGAAAAACGCUAUUUGGUGUAGAAAUUUCAAGACUUUAGCUAAAAGGGAAAUAUUGAAAAACUACAAACAUAAUUACCGAUAAUCUUGCCGUUUUGCAGUUGUUUUUGUAUUUUUUAAAUAUUUUUCUUUUCGCUGAAGUCUUGAAAUUUCCACACCAAAUAGCAAUUUUCAAUAGCUUCAAUUUGAUAUAUAGCCUGAUGUUUGGGGUCAAGUAUUUCUGCUCAUAACUCAGAAAAACUAUUUUGGCUUCAUCAAAUCAUAGGCCUUCAUCAUAGCAGUUAGCCUUCCAGUUUAUUUAUAGUUCAAUGGUUACAGCUCUGUAUGUCUCUCCUCUGUGACUUUACCGUACCAGAGUAAUCACUGAAUGAUACAUACGCCAUCAAAACACGCCAAUUAAAGAACGGAAUUUAAACCGUCAGAACACACGCUAUCAAAUACUUGCGGUACAGUAAAGUGUAAAUUAGUACCCUUUUACUGUAGCAUAUUUAUUCUAACAAACACCCUUGUUUAAAAAUUAUUUCAGAUUUGCGGGCGUUUAUUAGAGAAAGACAUUUAAUACAAAAUUUGUAAGUUGAGACCCAGUGUUUAUUAGAUAGUAGGCAUCCAUAAUUGGAAUAUAGACACAGUUUUAUACCCCUGACUGGAAAGUUUGGAAAUUGCGCGGUCGAGAUUUUGAAAAUUUAAUAGUAAUAUACAGAAAGCAUAAAAAUUGUGCAGCCGAUAUUUCGGCCACGCAAUAUAAACUUUUCACACUGGAGUUUACCCAAGAACUGUUAAUGCUUGGAACAAUAUCCAUGUUACCGUUGAUAUUGCUAACAAUUCACUGUAAGAUAUGUAAUUCAGAUAAUUAUGUAAUAAAGUUUGAGAGUGGGUUGACUACAAAAUUGUUGUAGUUUGCUACAGCUACUACGAAAAAUGUAGCUACAACUAUUAACUGCUAUAUAUAUGUUGUUCCAAAAAUUUAGCAAAUUUACUAUUGCUACUUUGCUACAACAAAGUAUCCUGCUAUCCACAUCCAAUUAAUCUGUUUACGCAUCCAGUCCGACCUGUCAAUUGAUGAGAAAUAUGAGAAAAUUAAUAACGUCAACUACCUGUGACCUACAACUAAAUUCGCUACUAGUACUAUGGUCUAAUUGGUACUACGAAAAGUUCAUAAUGAUAAUCAUAUUAAGUUGACAUAAAACUUAAUUUCCAUAACCAUAAAUUAUGCUUGCCUUAUAUUUUCAUUUCUUGCAUGGAAAGUAGGCUGGGGUGAUUUUUCAGAAUAAUGAAACCCUAUGAUAAAACUUCAAUUUGGAGAAAACUGAAAAACCAGUUUUGAAGUACAUUUAAUUGGUACAAGGUCGACGUCAUUACAAAAUGUAAAUAACUAACACAUUUUUGAGAGGGUAAAUGUGUAAUAAUGUAAUUAUUCAAUUACUUUUGAGAAAAGGAAAAUGGAUUACCUUUUGAAGCAAGUAAUUUAAUAUAGUAAUUAAAUAUUUAAAUAAUUCCUUCUUGAGUAAUUUUGCAGUUCAGAUGUUGAUCAUAAUAAAGGGUCAUCCAUAAUAAUUAUCAACAUUUUCACGAGUGUACAAACCAUAUGAUUGGAAAGGGGGACCAAAGCUCAUUUAUCUGUGACCAAAGUAUGCUUUGGCCAGGAGCUAGGACUCCUACUCAUGAGCUUGGCCAGAGGCCCAUGCAUCCACCUGACUUUUGGACUCAUCUGGUAUUUUUGAAAAAGGAUGGGCAAUAAAAUGUUAAAACAUUACUCACAACAUAACUCCAGUAUUUCGUGUUUAUUAGUUAGUACAACUGUAUACUAUGCUUAAAUUUAAUUUGCUACAUAUUCAGUGAACAGUCACUGUAUCUGGACAUAUGUCCACAAGCAAUCCUUCAAUUCUGAGCACAAUUUUUCAUGAGGGCCACAAAUUUAUCAGUACUUGCUUAUAGUUCCACCGUGUCUUCUAUUCUAUUCUGCAGUUUUACACGUGGUGUUUUUCAUAACUGCUAGGAAUCACGUUUUUAGAAAAUGAAGAUCUGAUUUCAAAAUGAUUCCAAGGGAAUCAUGUUUUUAGAGAGGGUGCAUGCAGACCGGGUGCCCCUAAUCUCCUACCAGGAUACUACAUAAAAAAAAUUGUUUACUAGUACUUUGGCGUUUCGGUGGAACAGUCUCUUUGCCAGUAAGUUGGUAUAGCAUGGGUAUUAACAGGUGAUUGAUGAAUUUGAGAAUUACUGCAAAUAAAGAGGACAUAUGCAUAAUGUUUAUUUUGUAACGGAAAAGAAGAUGAAAGGACGUGAAUGGCUGGAUUCAAGAUCGGAAAAUUUGCUGGAUAGUAAGAAAAUUUGAGCGUGGGAUUCAGGAUUUAAAAACCAUGUUUUCUCGCUGAAUGAAUAAAAUAUUAAAGAGCGAAGUAAAAUAUAUUAUAGCCGUGAUAAUAAAAUUGUUUUAAAAAGUUAUGGAUUAUAGUCUUUAUCUUACACACGAAUAUGUAUUUAGGGCUGGUGUUGGGGUCACGAUCAUGAAAAAAUUAAUAUAUUCAUGCGCAAAAAGAAAAUUCAACAUGACUAUAUAUAAGAUACCUUGCCAAACUAUUUAAUAUCCUGUUUCGUUCUUGCGAUAUUUAACAAUGUUUUAUAUGCAAAUUAUAUCCUACUACGACGUCAAAUUGCAUAGUGGCAAACUGACUGAAAAAACGAUGAUUCAGAUUUGUAGACAGGUCGGUUGUUCAAAAGCCGAUUAGCUUAACCCUAGGUUAACUUAAAAUUCAAAGAAAACUUCCUAUAACAGCUUGUCUAUACUGAAUUUGGAAAUAUUUCUUUAGAGAUCUUGUCUGGAUCAGUAGGAGUUGUCUUCUCUGAUGUUUUGAAAUAAACAGACGUGCAGAAAUACAUAAACUACAACAGCUUUGAUGUUUAAUUUUAACCCAGGGUUAGCGCUAAUCCAGCUUUGAACAACCGCCCCCAGGGGCCGGUUGUUCAAAGGUGGUUAGCGCUAACCCUGGGUUAAAAUUUAAUCUGCUGUUUUAGUUUGUGUAUUUCUGCACUUCUGUUUAUUUCAAAACUUCAGAGAAGAAAACUCCUAUUAAUCCAGACAAAUUUAUAGAUAAGCUGUCAAGAAGUUUGCUUUGAAUUUUAGGUUAACCUAGGGUUAAGCUAACCUACCUUUGAGCAACCGGCCCCAGAUGGUUAACCAGCAGCACUUGCAUAAGGAUAAGGACGUUAAAAUCGUAGGUACCUCGGAUACCCUACUAAACAGUAAACAACCGGGUGCUGUGCUUCAGUAGUUCCCAGAGGCCCUCACUACUAAAUGGAACUUUAAACCGUUAAUAAAGCAAGGCGUUUUCACAAUUCUGUCUAGGCGGUGCAUGGCUUGUAGCUUACAAAGCAGAACAACGAAGACGUUUUAAAGCAGUCUUAUGUCGUGAACCUGAUGUCGCGCUAUCUGACCACGAGUCCAAACAAUCUUCGAAAUCAAGAAAAGCUGAUGGAUCUGAAACAAGAAGAAAACUUGAUGGAAUAUAUUUGGUAAAUUUCUGUUUUUAUAAACGUUUCUGGUGUAGUGUAGCAAGGAUCUUUAGUUAUUUUAAUGAAAAAUGUUUCAGUCCAAAUUUAGGGAAUCAAACUAAUGUCUCCGAAUACUCAGAACGCAGUCGAAAUCUAGUAGACAAUUUAAUUUCUGACACGAUCAAGCAAAAGAAUUUAACAAGUGUUUAUUUAAAACUGUUUGACAUAAAGAGAAGUGGCACUUCAGGUUGUCUUUUUGCUUCUCUGUCUGUACGCUAUAGCGAAGGUUUGACAUGAAGUGACAUAAGAAAUGAGAGCUCAACUAUGUAUAUUUAUACACUGAUUGACCAAAUCUUACCGGUGAAGAUAUAUUUACACGGUGCGAUUUAUCCUGCAAACCUUAAUUUCUCAGCCUAAAGUAGUGGUUCCAGUUUGAAAGCAUGCAUAAGCCUAUAUACAAUUCAACCUAGAAGAGGUAACCUAGAUAUGUUCCACGUCUCUCUUUCGUAUAGAGAGGUGUGUUGCCCCACGGGAUGUUAUCCUGGAGGUAACCAUUGGUUUAAAUUGAGCUUUAGUCGUGUAGCUUGAAACAUGCCACGUAUUUUUAAACCGCUAUCUAACAACCACCUUUACAUAGUAAACUUUUGUGACGGCUCAUGUGGUCACAUUCAUUUUGUAAAUUAUUGUCUAAAAUAAUUGACUAAAAUUAUAUUGUCUAAAUUCUAAAAAUAUGCUGCGUGAAAUAUGUUUCUUGAAAAAAAAGUUUAAAUUAAUAGACCUUUCCCCUUUUGAGUGAAAUUUUGAUCAAGACAAGUCUGGACAAAAAUUUCAUCACAUCUUGAAAGAGCAUCACAAAAUUAGUAAUAUUCCGAAGUUUCGUUGCGAAAUGCUGUAAAAUGCGGAUAAUAUAUAGCCUUGCGAAGUUUGCCGUUUUUCAGUCAUUUUGCAUUACAAAUCAAUUUCCCAUUUGCAAUACAAAAUGGCUGAAAAACGGUAAACUUCGCAAGGCUAUAUUAUCCUCAUUUUACAACAUUUUGCAACGAAAUUUCGGAAUAUUACUAAUUUUGUGAUGCUCUUUCAAGCUGUGAUGACAUUUUUGUCUAGACUUGUCUAGAUCAAAAUUUCAUGCACUCAUAAGGGGAAAGGUCUAUUAAGUACUAUAACUCCAAUCGUUUUUUGUUAGAUGAAUGCUUGUUUUAUAAAUGAUCCGUUGGAUUUAUGCAGCAUCAAUAUUGCAGGAAAAGGAUUAACAUUGGUAAGUAAAAUGAUUGAUGCAAUUUUUUUGAAAUUUUGAUAAAAUGACUGAUUUCUUUCAUUGUUCUUUUUUAGGUGAAUGAGGAUGAUUUUUCAAUGUUUAAAAACGUUAUUCAUAUCGAUGCUGGUGAUAAUAACCUCCGGCUAGGUAGGUCCUCAGUAGAUCACUACAGGACGUUAGGUUGUUUUCAACAACAGAUCUAAGGGGCUGUUUACAUAAUUAUGAUCCCAGUUUGCCGGGACGGGCUGGAAGGCAGGAUAAUUUUGAUGCAUCGAAAGAAGUCACAAGGCUUAAACGAAAGUUCAAGCGCUAAUGAAGAUCUCGUAGUUCAAGAAGAUUAUUAUUGAUGCUUGAACAACCUUUCGUUUGCAUUACUCGUCCUGGCAAAGCGGCCGGGAUCAUAUAAACAGCCCCUUAAAUUCAGCAGAUUGUGCAUGCUGCCUUUGAUCCUUUGGGGGUAAGGCAGCACUUUCCUUGCGAUAGUAACUCCUAGUACUAUAAUCUAUCACUGUACGAAGAUAAUGCAGUUUUGCUGAAUCAUGAACCGUGGCUUAUUUCAAUACGUCAAAAUUAUCCCGCCACUCAUUAAACCCAGGAAAGCAGCGAUUCUGACAUAUGAAAUUAUAAUCAGACGACUGUUUACUGCAGGAUUGAACCCUUGGGUUAUAGGUAGAUAAUACAUGGACACUCCCUAAUAUCAAGAUUAUGCUUUCCUGUAGUACAUUUCCGACGAUUUCCAAGCUUGAAGACGUUAGAGCUUCCCUUGAAUAACAUCUCUGGGACAGUAAUUUUAGAAGAUAAAGACUUUAUUUGGCUUGAGACUUUAGAUUUAUCUUGCAAUCAUUUAACUACUGACGAUGUCUUAGCUUUGGGUGUAUUGCCUGCGUUGAAAGUUUUACAUUUGACAGGUAAGUCAGUGCAACAUCGGAUUUUGCUUUACAAAGUCAUGAUGAAAUAUUGCUUUGUUUUUCUUGCAUGAUACUGGGUACCUGGUGAUCGAAGUAUACUGAUCGAGUUCAAGGACUUGAUUAAAGGACCGGAACGGUUGCGAAAAAUGCAACACUAUAGGUCCUCUGGCAGCUAGGAAUCGAACCUCCGGCCCUGUGAUUCCGGUGCAGUGCUCUAACCGAAAUCGCAGGGCGGCAGGUUGGAUUCCUGCCAGAGGACCUAGUGCAUUUUUCGCACUAACAAGUGUAUAUAUAUCGUCACUUGGAUUAUCCAUCUACUCCAUCCAAUAUUCAAAUCUUUCAAAUUAGACUGCUUUGACCUGUCCAAUCCUCGUUUCAGCGGAUUUGAAAUAUAUUACACCAAUAAGUUUGCCUUAAAUAAUAUUCUAACAUUGCAUUAAUGCGUUCUCGCACCAAUCGAAUGAUUACACGAUCACAAGAACAAUCAUGUUUAUGGAAAACAUCUAUUAAAGUGUCUAUGUCAUGAUUUGGGAUUUUACAUAUUUUUUUAUCUUUGGUGCAUUUUAUGAAGAAAUGCAAUAUAUCUUUAUAAUAUAAUAUACAAUCUAAUAUAUAUAAUAUACCAUCUUCAUAGGAUUAUCAGCCCUCAAAGUUACCGGAUAUGACAUCAAGUCGGGAAUUUUAUCACUAGAAACAUGAAAAGAAAUCUAAUUUGCAAUUCCCGGUUUGAAGUCAUAUCCGGUAACUUUGAGGCCUGAUAAUCCUGUGAAGAUGGAAUAUUUUCUUUUAAAGAUAUAUUGCAUUUCUUCUUAAAAUUUACCAAUGAUCCAUAAAUAGUUAAUCCAUAAAUGGUUAAUGUUUGCUACAUAGUAACGUUUGAACUAUCUUGCAGUCUUCACCAGGACAUAAAAUGAUAAAUCAAAAUUGAAUAAAAUGUUCAAUGUUUUCGUUGCUGAGUCCCCCAAAAAACAUGGUUGCAUGGUACCCUAACUCACCAUAUUAAGGAAUUUGAAAAUGUAUAACCAUUAAGGAUAAGAACGAUAUUCAAUUAUCCAAAAUUUAAAUCGAUAUACUGUAUAAUUCAACUUCUAUUCAAAUUUAAACAAAAAAUACACUUUUUUAUUAUAAAGUUUUAAACUUCGCUUUAAACUUUGUACAGGUAACCAGUUGAAUGAAUUACCUCCUGAAAUGUGCAAAUCCUUUCCGUAAGUGCUGACUCGUAUAUUCUCUCGUUGUAAUUCCCUUUCAUGUAGCAGUUUAUUUUUGGUGAUUCUAAAAUUUCUUUAUCAGAUUAAAGAAGGGACAAAAACAUUGCCGUUUUGGAAGCUUGGAAAAACUGUGGCUUGAUCAAAACAACCUGACUGACUUGAGCACUUUCACAUGUCUUGCUGGGCUUAAAAGGUUAAUAAUAAUAUUUAAAAUAACAUGUAUAUAACGCGUGCUCUGAUUGGUCGAAACCCGUGUUUGGAUCAGGCCAUCCAAACACGGAAAUUUAAAGUGAAAGUUUUUUAAAGUGAAAUUUUAACACGGAAAGUUGUUAUUUUAUAAAACAAUUACUUUAUGGUUUCCGUGUUUGGAUCAUUGGAUGGUCUGACCCAAACACUUGGGAAUGUUGCUCGAGUUAAGAAAAGCGCGAAAAAUCACUCGCCUUCGGCUCGUGCUUUCGCGCGCUUUUCUUAACUCUCAACAUGCAUUCCCGCGUGUUUGGAUCAGGCCAUCCAAACACGGAAACCAUAAAGUAAUUGUAUAAUGCAGUUUAGGAUUUUAAUAUUCCCUCAGUUGGAUAUAAGAGAGAAGAGUGCUUCUUCUGGCACUCCUGCCUUACAGGACGUUUAGGGAAAACUUAAAACAGUUGAUGAGUUGAAGGGUUUUGUUGAUGUAAAUGUUUUAGACCUUACCAGGAGCAGUUGCAGAAAAAUGAAACUUAUACUAUAGGCUCUCUGACAGGAAUUGAACCUGCAGCCCUACGGUUCUAGAGCAACGCUCUAACCAACUGAGCUACAGAGUCCAGUUGUCGAGCUCUAACCACAAGUUCAUGUAUAAAUACUAAGAUGAUGCCAAUGUAAGAUGUAUGGGGAAAUAACAGAAUGUUGGGCAUCUCACUCGAUAGAACUAAUUGUUGAAGGAUUUUGUUGAUGGAAAUUUUCAUCAACAAAACACUCAAAAAUUAGUUCUAUUGAGUGAGAUGCCCAAAAUCCUCAUAUCAGAACAAGUAGAACAGUCAAGCAUCACUAAAGACAGUUAUGCUUGUUAUGCUAAAGACAGUUUCGUUUUGCUUGGACUUGCGUAAUAGUGUUUUUUUGUUGUUUGCUACCGAUUUUAGGUUGAAGUACCUGAACUUGGAGCACAAUAACAUCGUAUCCGUUCCACAUUUAAGAUUACUUGAGCCUAACAUGCUCGGUCAUACAGCAGAAAUAUCAACUGCACCAAACCUCAACGAAGUGAUAGAUGAGGAAAUUGAGGAUGUCAAUAGUAAAAUAUCUAUUCUUGAAGAAAUAUUAUACAGUGGUGGUAAAACUGAAGGACUGACCGAGAGAAAUGGCGUCAUUGAAACAGAAUGUAGUCAAGGAUACUUGCAAGGUACUGCAGAUUAUGUUCCAUAACUCAUUUGGAAUUUGUCACCAGUGUCUAAGUGGGUAACAGCUUUUAUUCAUUAGAAAUCCUCCAUCUCUAGAUUUGGAUAUAGUUGUAGCAUCAUUCGAACCAAACAAAAUCCUUUGUGAAGAAACUGAAAAAAGGCACCCCCUUUCCAUAAUUGCGCUGCAAAUCUUCUCUUGGUCGGGGAGCCUCGUUUUUAUGAAUCGUAUGUGUGGAAAAGGAAUAUAAUAAAUUAAUUGCAGUGCAGUGAAGCAGCACACUAUUCUUGAUAAAAUCUAAAACUGUGGGGCCUUUCUGUAAUCUUCCACAAAGUUUUGCACACUAUUAUUUAUACUACUUGCGCUUCUCCAGAGUUUUCUCAUGCCCAAUCUAUUGAGCGAUUUACAUAUCCUUGCGAAUCUCGACUUGCGUCGGUUUGUUUGUCUGGAUGUCUUGCGCUAAUUCCAAUUAGCAAACGUAAUAAACGGAUGUCCAGUCCAAUUAGCUAAUUCCAAUUAACAACCGUAUAAAUGGAAAAAUAGACAGAAAUUGUACGGCGCGUGUCGUUUCCAUCUGAUCUUCCUGGACCAAAUAGUGUUCUAUUUGCAAAACCAAAUACAAAUAUAUAAAAUGUAUUUUUGUUAAUUUCAAAGUUGUAAGCACUUAUUCCAGGGAAAGUGAUGCUCUUUCAUGGCGACGCUUUAAACAACACGAAGCAGCCCAACAUGUGCCUAUAGUCAUUUUCCCGUCAAGUUCGAGGCGGCACUUCUCUGCGAUAGUAACUCCUGGUAAUUAAUUUUAUUAACUUACUAUUUGUAUAAAUUUUUCCACCUUAGAUCGACGUAUUUUGCCAUUUCCGUCUCUAUGUCAUCUAAACUUGGCUAACAAUCAGAUUGAGGAAGAAGAAGGCUUACUUGCACUUUCAACAUGGCCUCGUCUUGAAGAAGUAGUUAUCUGGGGAAAUCCAGUGGCCAUAAGUGGUAAAGGGGGACCUCCUGUAGUAAUGUAUCAGCUUGGACUUGUUGCAGGAAUUGAAGUUGCAAGGUAUAUUAUGCUCGAUUACAGAUUCAUACACAAUUCAGCCGGACGCUACUUGCGGUGCCGCUUUCACCUGGGAGGCUUCUGCUUGAAAAGCGUUGAGAGGAAAUAUCAUGCAGACACCUCCAUGUUCCAGCAAUAGUUCAUUACAUUAGUUUUAUUUUCAUAAUUUUUCUGAGGAUUGUAAUAAAUAACCUUUAGACUGACCUAAUGCGGGCGUUAUAGCUUCUUUCGCGGCCACUAAUUUCGAAGGCAGCUACUUUACGAAAAAUUUUAAGUACCACAAAAACGUUUCUUUUGGGCAGCUGCUACUUUCUAGAAAUGCGUCACAUUAGCCAGUCAAUUACUAAUGCGUCAAUUACUAAUCAAGAAAUGCGUCACAUUAGCCAGUCAAUUUAUAAUGAUGCAGUUUAGCGUUUGAUGGAAACUGAGUGUAUGAAGAGAUCAUAUGAUAUUUAUUGUUUAAAGUGCAUUAAAAUUUUUAUUUUCUAAAACGAAAAUGCUCUUAAAACUGUAUUUUAACUUCUUUGAAGAUUUUUUGUUCCCAAGCUUCCCAUGAGAUAUUUCAUUUUGUUUGUAACCACGUGACGUCAUUUACUCAAUAUCAGUAAUUGUUGUGAAUCUUUACUAUUUUUUUAUCAAACUCUUUCCAAGGAUGCGGCGCGUUUGUUAAUUUAACCUACAUCAUUAAGGUGGCUCAAUACACUUUUUAGCCAAAGGAGCAAAAGUUGAAUAUUUUCUGUUUAAAUGCUUUUACAGGGUUAAGUUUUACUUAUAAUUGUAACACAUAGUAAGACGUGUCACAGACAAGAAGAAUUCUGAUAAAAGUCGCGUUUCCAUGACAACUAUAACGAAUACUGGCAACACUAAAUAGCCGAAAAUAUCGCAGUUUUUCGAGUUUUUUUUAAAAAUGAGUUCGGUGACCCCAACUUUUUUUUUAAUAAAUCAGUUACGUUAGUGUCGAGAAACAUUUCUGGGAAGUUUAAAAAAAAUCUGUCGACUCAAUUCUUUAGAAUUAAAUUUCGACUUUUUUGACAGUUUCUGUCGACAAUUUUUUUUUAUUUUUCCAUCAUGAAAUCUUGAAGCAUGUAUCUACUCAUGUACAAAUUUUCAGGGUACCUUACCGAACUCGUUUUGGAAAUAAUCACGGUUUUAUUCCGCGCGGCCAAAGUUUUUCACACUCUGCAAGAUCAAUGAAUUGACAUGCGCGUACAUGUUUUCGCAGGCGCAUCUCCAGAAAAACACGCACAAAAAAGUUUUUAGUCUCGUCGAAAUAUCAAAUAUAUAUUGUGUUUUCUUGCUUAGAAAUGCAAAUAUAUUUGGUUUUUCAUGCUAACUCGGGAUAACGCCAAGAGAACAGGUGAUUGUCGGUCGUUUGGUAUAAGAUAUGUGUGACAUGUAUGAACUUUUUGGCUUUUCUACAUAGUUUUAUAUUCGUUUUCAGUCGUAACUUGUGUGUUUUCAUGUUGUUGUUGACAAGUUAAAACAGUUUGAGCCGGCGCAUGAUGCUGUUUCACUGAAUUCCUUUGCUGUUAGUAACACUUUGAAUACAUUUACCAGUUGUAAGUACAAAAAAACUCUGGAUAUGAACUUAUAAAUCGCCAAAUAUUGGAGUAAAAAACGUUUCGCCGGUCCGGGGCCGAUCGCCAGUUUUCACAAGAGUUUGAAAGUUGAACAUUGCAUUUUUUUACCUUAAAAUGUCUUCUAAAAAGACUAGUUAUUCAAUGUUCAGAGCUAAAUCAGGACGAAGUUUGUUCUUUGAGAACAAAUGAGAACAAGGAAGACUCAAAACAUCAAAAUAAACAUGACUUGUGGUUCGGAUUUUAUACUGAAAAAGUUGUAUUUAUUUUUGGAUAUAUUUUUAACAUUUUCGCGCGAGAACUGAAGAUUAGGUACCAGUCCCCCAAUGAUGAAAAGUGUAUGGAGCCACCUUAAGCACCGUAUCUUUGCACAGCUUUGGCGUAUUUUGAAUGUUUUUACAGUUUUGAGAUCCUUAUAGGACAAUCUCAUCAAAAACGUUACUACCAUGUUCUUAGCUCGUGUUUAAUUUUUUGGCGCCAAAGUUGGCACGUCAUUUUCCCGCCAAAUUAAAAUGUAACAAAAUCGAAAAACAAAAACGAUACGAUUUCUAGGAAUGGCAAGUUCUAUCUUGUGAGAAAGUUUCGUGAUAUUCCAAACUAAAGUCAGAAAGUUAUAAAAACUUGGCCCAAUUUGCUGUCUUUUUUUUCCCACCGUGGAUGAAAUUUUUGUUUAGAUCAAAAUUUAGUCUAUUACGCAAGUGGUCAAUUGAAUGCCUAGAAUCUCAAAGAUACUAGUACCUGAAAUAUACUUCGCCAGAAAAUGUGCAGUACACAUGACCAAACUAACUUUCUUCAAUUAUUUAGAAAACCGUACAAAGACGCGGAAGAUGGAAGACGACAUUCUGCUGAGGGAACAAAGUUCGUUACAAACGAGAAAAACACACCUCAGCGAUCUGCGUCCGUCGCACAUCGGAAGAUCUAAUCUCGCUGGAAAUCGAGCAUCUAUGUCGGAUCGCGCGCCGAGUGAGAGAAGGCGU